AUGAGUGAACGUAAAGUGUUGAAUAAGUAUUUCCCUCCUGAUUUUGACCCUGCUGCAAUACCAAGGAGAAGGCAGGCCAAAGAUGCCCAGCACAAGGUCCGUCUAAUGACUCCAUACGCAAUGCGAUGUGAGACCUGUGGAGAAUACAUAUAUAAAGGGAAAAAGUUUAAUGCAAGAAAAGAAACGGUCGAAGGCGAAACAUAUCAUUCCAUCAAAAUUUUUCGGUUUUAUAUCAAGUGUCCACGCUGUAGUGCAGAAAUAACCUUCAAGACAGAUCCAAAGAACACAGACUAUGUCGCUGAACACGGGGCUUCCCGCAAUUUCGAGCCGUGGCGUGAAGAACGUCUUGCCGGCGAAGAGGAAAAACUCCAAAAAGAGCUCGAGGAGGAGAACAAUCCGAUGAAAGCAUUAGAAAAUCGAACAUUAGAUAGUAAGAGGGAAAUGGAUAUUCUUGAUGCACUGGACGAAAUCAGGACAAGAAACGCUCGUAAUGAACGAAUUGAUGCCGAUGCUAUACUAGAACGUAUGGUUGACGAAGAUGAAAAAACCGCUAAUGAGAGGGUGGUGGAGUUGGAUAAAAAAGAUGAGCAAUUAGCAAAGGCAAUAUUUAAAACUGCUGAUGAUGAGGUAUUCGAGAAGGUUAUGAGAGUUGGUGAUGUGGAUGAGCAGCCAGAGAUUAAGGACUUGUUGUCAGAAUCGGCUAGGGAGACGGUCAAGGAGUUGGUGGGAAGUGUAGGGGGGAUGAAGAGAAAGGAUAUUAAUAUUGGGAAGAGAGGGACUGAUUUAGGGAUUCUUGUUAAAAAGAGAAAGAAGGAGGACAAUGGCAAAGCUGAAAAUAAGAGUGUUACUGAGACUAGCGGACUACCGGUUUCAUUGUUGGGUUUAAACAAUUAUGAAUCGGAAUCGGGAAGUGAUGAUGACGACGCAGUUGAACCAUCUGAUACAGGCUGA